GCAGAGAUCAUGUGACAGGCAACAGCAGCCGGAAACGAGAGCAGUUCUACGGAGAUCGCUUCUAGGACGGAGAACAUUCGAAAGCCGCUCCAAGACAGGCCUGGCGUUCCUCGGCCGAAAGUCGCCAGUGAUGCUAUGGGCCGACCUACGUCGGACGAAGAUGAGAUGUCUGUAUCAAGUGGCGUUACACGUUCAGACCUGUCUAAUGGAUCUGGUUCGCACAAGAGAACUUGUCGCGCUUGUCAGAGAAGUAUUACCAAAGGCUACGAUCCCCUAAUACUGUGCUCUGCAUGCCAGAGGCCCUACCACGAUACGUGUCGGAGACCUCCGCUCUCCCCAGGUGCAAAUCCGAACUCUUGGACAUGUCUGAAGUGCGUUUCCGGUCAUUCAAAAUCGGGAUUAUCAGUCCAUCACCAAGGCGCACGGCAUCUUAGCGACACCACAUCGUCCUCGGGAAAACCAUUGAAUAGAGAGGAGAAGAACAGAGCCGCAGCCGGCUAUUCAGGACCAGAUGUACCGAAACCACUCAACGCUGCGUCACUGUCGGAUGUCAUAUCGCCCGAGGCGUGUGAACAAUCUCGACAUAGACCAGGCCUGAAACACGGGGCCGCUCUCUUGGAUUUUGUGCUACGAGAUAUUGCCCUCGACAAGGUCGUCGUUGAGUCAGCUCAUUCGGAGCUACCGAGCGGAUCAAAUCUGGACUUAGACUAUAAUGCCACUAUGCACCGCACGGAGAUACCCGCUACACCUGAUCUACUUUCUAGCCAGUUGCAACUCGAGAGCGCUGCUCCCCACUCUUCACAUUCCAUACACGAUGCGCUCCGCAGUCCUUCAGGGCCAGAUGAUAGCGCGUUAACCGCUUAUCAUUCGGACACGGAGAAGAUUUCGAGUUACACGGCUCUAUGCUCCAUUUGCAAGAAGCAGCGAGUCCUGGUUGGCACAAAAGAAGAGAAUGUCGAAUGCCGCCGAUGCAAGACUAGGGCAACAAUUCUGGGAUCGCAUAAACUCAAGGUAACCAUACCGGAAACGCCCGACUCCCUGUCCGCCCACCAAGAUAGUGAAGACGACAGUCCCCAGGUAGCUGAGUCUGGUUCUUCGGUGACGACUCCAAUUGAACCCGGCAGUCCGGCUUCGACACUGUGUUUUAAUUCCGGUCUUGUCGGCUCGAAGUCGAAGAAACUCGUACAAGAGAAAGUCAGACGCUCUGAUAGCACAACUGAGGAGGAAACAGACGAAUCUGCCCGCCCAGCAUCACAACCUUUGGUAGAUCAAGCAGUCAUCAUUCCCAAGACACCGGGCGAAACCACAGUGGGGCCAACAGGCUCCGGAACUGAGACGCGCCUCAAGUACAGGCGAGGGCAAUACAGUUACAGAGAGCUCGUAGGAAUGGCUCUUCUGGCUUCCGAUGGUAGACCAUGGUCCACAUUACAGAUCCAAAACUGGGUUGCAGACAAUUUUCCCGAAUAUCGCCAGGGGCCUGCUAUGGGGGAGCACAGUCUUGCCGCAGUGCUAUCAGGCACCAAUGAUUUUCAAGGAGCGAAGCUGGUUGAAGAUGGGCGAAUGAGGUCGUGGACCUUCGCUAAUGCGAGUGCGCGACAGCACUACGAGGAACUCUUUACGGAGCAUUUGCGUUCAGGCACCGCAUCUGAGCAACAUUCCAGUGGAUCCCUCCAUGAUCACCAAGCAGAUACCGCAAGGAAGGCUUCACCUGUCGUUAAGAUCAACCAUCCCCAUCCAGCUAAGGCCCAAACCGCUCCUCCUGCUCCAGCCGACCCAAGAACCAUUCAAAACACGCCUUUGCACGCAGAACCUUCCGAGCUUCGCGAAACCAACAAAGUUUCGGCGUCUAGGGAGAUAUGCGGAAUUUUCAUGCCCUUUGAGCGUGCCCAGCUAUUCAGUCCCACCGACAACUCCGAUCAAGGCUCCUACAUUAGGCGCGAGACGAGCUUCUUGAAAGCGUUUCCGGAGUACGAGAAGCCGUUGGCAGAGACAAUGUCAGAGACCGAUAUCGAGAAAAAGAUCGCCGAGAUUAAGAAGAGGCCGUCGAGGAAAGCAACCUGGGGUGACCGGCUGACAUUCGUACGAUCACACAGGCGGGAUGUUCACGACGAGACAGCCGGUGCUUGGAGACCAAGAUUUUCGAUUCCGCAAAAGAUGGAGAGCGUGGCGGUCGGAGACACGGACGAGGGGGCGCAUAAUAAGGAGGCUAAGGGACUGGGAGAUAUUUUUGAAUUACCCGACAACCCGCUGCUGAUGCUUCAUGAAGGGCAGCUGGCUUUUCGCGAUGGGACAUUGGUGAAUGGCAGGUUGCCGCGGCCCAGGAUCAUCUACAAAGUAGGUAAAAAGUUCGGGUCAGAACUGAGGACAUGAAGAGCCGCCCUUGAACAUACUAUUGUUCGCACUAUACGCUAAGCAUUCUCAGUAUUGUAUCAA